AUGAGGCAACGAAACUAUUUGGACUUUUUUGAAGAGUCAACUCAGGUAUAUCUCAAUCAAUACACCAUCUUGUUAGUGCUAAUCUUUGUUAAGCUACUACUACUACGCAAUUCCUUGGUCAACAUCGUAUCAAAACAGCUAAUAGACGAGUCAACAUGUGAUAACGAUUCAGUCCAGCCUGCUUUGAAUGCAAUUCACAAUAUGAUUUUUGAGAAUGUGGCCAAACUACAAUACUCAGGAAUAGUGUUUAUCGUGCUAAUAAUCAAGACGAUACGUGAGUUGACUAUUUUCUAUAUUGAUUUGUUUUUGGGGACUUAUGUAUGCCUAUUAAAUGCGUUAGUCAAGGGAACGACAGAGUUUGCAUUUGAUGCUAGCGAGUCUGUGAUACAAGCUGUCAAUGUAACUAUUGUGGAAGCCACAAAUGGAAUAGAAGAAGGAUUACAAGGAUUAUCGACAUUGCUCAAUGAUGUAGCAACUGGAUUUGAUGCCAUAGGGAGUCUAUUUUCAGGUGGUGGCUCGUCCUCAAAUGCUAAUGCAUACGAGCAAAAGAUUAACAUAUCACUUGGGGCAUUGAAGGAUAAAAUUGCCAUCCCAAGCUCGGUAUUGGGAAAAAUAGACAAUGCCAAGAAUGUGAGCAUGAAUGAAUUGGAAGAUAUGAAUAAUCAUACUCAAAAUUUGAUCAAAACUCCAUUCAAUUUGAUUAUAAGCAAAUUACGGAAUAUCCAACUAAGCAACGAAACCAAUACAAAUUCAACAAUCAAUCCAAUCAAUGUCAAGGAUGCAUGCUUGAAAACUGUUGAUCAGGUCAAGGAUACGCAAGAUCAUUUGGUCAAGUUUGUUGCAACUACAAGCACGUACUUGUUCAUCGUAAUGGCAAUAGUAACAUUAGGCAGCAUUGCUUAUGCAUGGUAUAUUGAGCGGGGCAAAUGGAAACGCAAGACAAGCUUUAUCAAUGAACCCGGGAUAGACAACGAGGUUGAAUUUCGUAACCAAGAGAAUGUGUAUCUGAACUUCAUCACGUAUACCCUAGUCAAGCGAAUGGGGGUGAAUGUGGAUCACAAAAUCAUCUGGUUGAUCAGCUACAUGUCUAAUAAACUAGCUCGCAACAUACUCGUAUUUGGAAUGUUAGGUCUACUUGCAGCCAUCUUGCAGUUGGUUUUGGUAAGUUAUGUCCGCGGUGAAAUACAGAAACACAUCACUGACAUAUCUUCCAAUGACAACCCCAUUGCAGCUUCUGCAUACAUCAGAUCAGUUAAUGACUAUAUCAACACCACCCAAGCAGACUUGAAUCAAGAGUUGUUUGGAGAAGUGAGGUCAACAGCCAUCAAAGUCAAUUCAACAAUCAGUGAAUUUGUUGACGAUUUAAAUUCAGCAAUAACUGACAUUUUCGGCACAACCUCCGUUCUAGCAUCAGCUGUAACCACAAUAGUUUAUUGUACAAUUGGCCGCAAGUUGGAAAUAAUUGAACAAGGCUGUACUUGGUUGUAUGAGAAUUUACAAGUCAAAGUUCCCCCAAUUUCAGAUUCUAUGCAACGUGAUUUACAACAAGUCAAAGUUUUGCAACCAGGCAAUGUUUUGGCAAAGUUGGACAAAUUGAUUGGUGUUUAUGUCAAGUCAAUAAUGUUGGAAGUGUAUGUCGCAGUAGCCUUUAUGGGUGUGUGGGUGUUGCAAUUGAUUGUCGGGUUGAUUUUACUAUUGGCAAGACACCGCAAUGCCAAACAGGAGGAGUUUGGUGAGGAUAAUCAUGCCUUGGAUGAGAAGAAUCGCAUAUUUUACCAAGAAACGAGGAACUUGACGAUUAGCAGUCCUCGCCCAUUGAGUCAAGAGCAGUUGGAAAAUUACCCAUACCCACUAACGGAUCCACGUGUCUACUUACCUCGUACUACAUCAAGUUACUACCCAACACCGCCACCCAUAGACGAUAAGAAACAGUGA